GAAUGAGACAGUCGCCAAUCAUUUCACUAGGAACACUGUUUACCACGUCAGUGCUCCAAAGAUUCAGCAAAACCUAUGCAGUCAUCAAAAACUGGUGAACUAAGUCGUGAAAGAAGUCAUUAAACCAAAUAAGUGAUUAAAAGUAAAUAAUCAUGUCGGACCUCAGAGACUGGAUAAACUCACUACCGAUAUUCACACGCUACUGGCUACUCUCCACAAUUGGUCUGUCACUGAUUGGACGAUUUGGAUUAUUGUCACCGCACGUGUUGAUUCUACUGUACGAUCGUUUUAUUCAGAACUUCGAAAUUUGGCGUGCCAUCACGAGUUUAUUGUUCUAUCCACUAAAUCAAGCCACUGGAUUUCACUUCAUGAUUAAUUGUUAUUUUUUGUAUCGCUACUCCCUACACUUGGAGACUGGAGAGUAUCAGGGAAAACCAGCUGACUAUGGAUUUAUGCUGUUAUUCAAUUGGCUUUGUUGCGUUGUCAUUGGACUUAUUGGUAAUGUACCAUUGUUGAUGGAUCCCAUGGUACUCAGUGUACUCUAUGUUUGGUGCCAGCUCAAUCAGGAUGUCAUCGUUAAUUUUUGGUUUGGUACACAGUUCAAGGCAAUGUACCUCCCCUGGGUGCUCGUGGGCUUCAACCUGAUAAUGUCUGGUGGUGGAAUGAUGGAGUUGAUUGGCAUUCUGGUUGGACAUCUUUACUUCUUCCUAAAAUUCAAAUAUCCUCAGGAGUACGAUGGCCCCGAGCUCUUGAAUACCCCCAAAAUCCUAGAACACUAUUUCCCACCACAUCGAGUCAACGUCCACGGUUUCAGCGCCAGUGCCCCCAGAGCCGGGGGACAAUCUGCACCUGGAAGGAAUAUGUUUGGUGGUUACCAAUGGGGGCAGGGCCAAACCCUGGGCCAAUAAAUUGACUGGUAGAUUUUUCUUUGCCAAUUUGCGUUCGUUCAUACUCUCGGGGAGGGAUGAGUGUAAUUUUUACGUUAUUUUUGCUCCAUGGGAAUAUGAUAAUUACCAUUGUAAAUAACUGAUAUCAUAAGUAAUAGGCAAUUUACUUGCAAGAGAGUUCUUUUUCUAUUUCAAAAUGUGAACAUCAUAAACAAAAACAAAUACCUGAAUUUUAUGAAUAUUGUGGGAAAAAAUUUCAACCAAAUGUCUAAAUGGUGGAAUUCAUGGUUGAAAUUCAGUGGUUCGUUUUUGUUGUGAAGAAAUUUUCGAAUGGUCUUUCUAUUGAGACAUCCAGCGAAUCGUGUGCGGCUUGAACAAAUGAAAAUCAAGCAGUUCUUUAGGGGAGAAUUAUUGUGUGGGUUGUUGCUGAAUUGGUAGACAUGACAUCACAUAAAUUAAUAUCUACUUUUCAGUCAGCUGUUUGUGUUAUUUUUCAUUAACGCUAAAACGAGUUAGGAGACAAUUUUAAUUGUUCUGAAUUCCAAAUAUGGAGUAACGAAGAUUUACCCUUUUGGUAAUUUAAAGUAGCUCUACACGUUUAGUAAAUUCAACGAUUAUCGCAAACUAAACAAAAUUGUUAGAAUACUCAAUUGUAUUUGAAAUCAUAAUUUUUUGUGAAUUUAAUUAUUGUUUCCGUAAAUCAACAUUUCUGUGGUAGUCAAAAAUUAUAAUCUGGAUUUUGGAUCAUUUGACUUGAAUAAAUCAACGGAUUUUUUUAUACUUCGUAAAAGAUAAUCCAUUGUUUGGAAAACAUGUUCCAUGAUGUGUUUAUAAGAAGAAAAUAGUAGGAAAUUUGACAUCUAAACAUAUUCAAAUGUAGUGUAUCCGGUCGGUAAAAUACCGACGAAGGGUAGAGCUACUCCAAAAAACAGUCACAAAAAUAUUGCGGGAGAAUUUCUUUUGUAAAUUAAUAUUUUCAACAGCAACAUACUCUAGAUUGUAAUUGAAAAUAUUUUUUAAACUUCGGAGAAUCGAAUUGGAAAUGUGAUUUUUCAAUUUCCGAUGGAUUUUGAGGAAUUAAAAUAUUUUGAGUUGAUUUCUCUUCACUCGAUUUCUCAUAAUGUUUAAAAAAACGUUUGCAUUGUUUGCAACGUUUGCCCAGUGAUUUCCAGAAUGUUAUGAUCACCUGCGAUUUCUCAAUAAAAAUGGGAAAACGUAAAUUUAUUCUAUCUCAUUAUUUCCGAAAUAUUCUGGUUUUCAUUGACUUCCAAUUAAUUGAAAUUCACCAGAGGCCAUCGUGUGAACAAAAGCGAAGUGAUCGAUCGCAUUACAUGAUAGAUAGAAAAACAAAAAUUUCAUUAAAAAUUACGUCUGUUCCGUAAUCUGCUGGUCAAAUCAGUAUUCACUAAAAAAUUAUGGAACAGUUCCACUAAACGUUCUAUACUUUUUCUGGAACGUUUUGAACUUUUUUUGAAAGUUUAUUGAAAAAGUGAGUAACUGUUCCGGAAUUUUUCCCAAAUAUUAUUUUGACACUCCGCGUAGAUAGAAAGCGAAUAAAAACAAUUUAAUAUAAUUGUUGAAAAUUUAAUUAAAUGAUGUGAUUAGUA